ACUUUGGAGACGUUGUGUGUCGAGCUCUUCGCGUUGUGGAUGUUUGUCUGAGAAGAAAGAGAGAAACUAAAAGAGAGAGAAACAGAAGUAAAAGUCCACAGGAUGGUUGAGAUGGUGAUGAAGAUGAUGAAGAUGAGUGGAGGAGACGAGCUGCUGCUGCUGAACUGAAACAUGGCGCCCCCUACAGGAGGAGGAAGGUGGCGGCUGUGUCACGUUGUCGUGCUGUUGCUAUGGACGACUCUGCACAGACACGUGUUGGGCUGCAGCUCCACAAACUGUAACCUGAACCUGACUGAGGCCCAGGGGGGAAUCACGUCGCCCUGCUACCCCCAGAAAUACCCCAAUUCACAGGCCUGUAAGUGGAUCAUGCAGGCCCCCGCCGGCUUCAUCAUCCAGCUCUCCUUCCUGGACUUUGAAAUGGAGGAGGCGCCCGGCUGCAUCUAUGACCAAGUUGUGGUGAACACGGGAAACACCGACGUAAAGUUCUGCGGCCUGACAGCUAACGGGCUGACGCUGAACUCGACGGGGAACGUGAUGGAACUGUCCUUCAACUCCGACUUCAGCGUGCAGAAGAAGGGGUUCAGUGUUAGCUUCCGACACGUUGCCGUUGCUCUGAGGAACCAGAAGGUCAAGAUAUCCGGGGGCCACGGCCAGGUCACCAUGGUCGCCAGCUCUCUGUCGUUGCCGGCGCUCAGUCACCUGACGCUGUGCUUUGAGGUGGAACGCAACAUCCAGAAACAGAAAGAGUGGCUCUUCACCUACUUUGACAGCAGCAGUAACGUGGGGCUGAGUCUGGGCUCCAGUCAGGCCGGCAUGAAGAUGAUCGUCGACGGAGUGUCCUGCUCCAUCAACUCCGUCCUCUCCUCCUCCGACUUCACCUCCUCCAUGGAGUCUUUCUGCGUGGUCUGGACCUCAUCGACCGGCUUGGUGGCGGUUUACUUCAACGGAAACUACUUAACCAAGACCUGUCCCUCCUCCAGUGGUCACUCUGUGCCGGCCGGGGGACAGUUCCGGUUAGGAGGGCAGCACAGUUUUGACGGGUACAUCUACAACCUGCGGCUGUGGGACUACGCCAUGACGGAGCAGCAGCUGCAGGCGCUGACCUGCGACACGGUGGGAAACGUGGUCGACUGGGACAACAGCCACUGGACCAUCCCCUCCGCCCUGGCCCACACCGACGCCACGCUCAGCUGUAGUGUCUCCCCCCCUGGAACCACACCGCUCCCCACCAGCUGUGACUCCCCGGGACUGGGCUGCCCAGAGGAGUUGUUCUACCGGAUUCAGUUUGUGGUGGAGGACGGCGGCUCGGCCUCGAACCCAAAUGACGUGAAGCAAGCUGUGGUUCUCUGGCUCAAUCAGACGUUUCAGAACUGGACCCACUCCGUCUCCGUGGAUAACGUCCGAGUCCAGCAGGGGGCAGCGAGCGGAGGAAACCCGACCAGUUACUCGUGUCAGGCUCUGCUGGUUUAUUAUUUCAUCGCUAACGAGAGUCUGGGUGAAGCUGCUGUCUCCGCCCGGCUGAGCAGCAGAGAGGGACCCAUGGCUGCUGCUGGGCUGCAGAUCAAACACGCCUCCGAGGACGUUCAAUUAAUUGAAAACUGUCCAGAGGAGAAUCCUCUUCCAUAUCGCUGGCCCGAGAGUCGACCCACUGUGACCAGGCACCUGCCCUGUUUCCCCAACAAGGACCAGAGCACGUCCAGGACCUGUUUGAUCAAUGCUCAGAACUACUCCUCCCACUGGUCAGCUGCAGACACCAGUAACUGCACGGACAUCGACACCAUCGAGGUGUCAGCAGAAAACGCAGCUGAGGUGGCGGAGCAGCUCGCUAACAUCACCAACACGGAGCUGCCGAGUGAGGAGGUGUCCAAAGUGGUGGCGAAGGUCCAGGAGCUGGUGAACGUGGCAAAGAUCAACGUAACGCUGGCGAACACGGUCGUCACCAUCAUCUCCAACGUCAUGAGCAGCUCCGAGAUGGCGCUCGCUGCCACGUCUGAGAUGGCUCUGAAGACGGUGGACGAGCUGGUCCAGAAGAUCGAGUUCGAGGGUCCGUCCCUCAGCAUCAGCUCCAGACACUUGGCUCUGGGGAUAUCGAACCUGAACGCCAGCGUGUUCAACGGCACGUCCUUCAGCGCCUUCAUCCCCCCCAACGCCACCGACCCGCAGGUCGCGUUUGAGUCGGAGCGGCUCCACCCUCUGGCUCAGGUCACUCUUCCGUCCUCGUUGCUGUCCAGCGUCUCGCUGAGCGACUCCGACCGGGCGUCUCUGUCCAGGAUCAACUUCAUGUUCUUCAAGAAGACCAACCUGUUCCAGAGGGAGCAGGACGGUCGCUCUCUCAACAGUUACGUCGUGGCGAGCAGCGUCGGCAACUUGUCCAUCAGAGGCCUGACGGAGCCGGUGGAGAUCCAGAUCGCUCACGUCUCCGAGCAGUUCUCCUCCCGUCCAGUUUGUAUGUUCUGGGACUUCAGCUUCAACAAUGGCGGUGGAGGUUGGAACGGAGACGGCUGCAGAGUGUCCAAAGAAUCCAGCAUCAACAAAACCAUCUGUCUGUGUGAUCACCUGACACACUUCGGCAUCCUGAUGGACAUCUCCGGAGUUUCAGCCCACAUAGACUCAAGGAACAACAAGAUCCUGACCUUCAUCACCUACAUCGGCUGCGGCAUCUCCGCCAUCUUCUCUGCCGCCACGCUGCUCACCUACAUCGCCUUCGAAAAGAUUCGACGUGACUACCCGUCUAAGAUCCUGAUGAACCUCAGCACGUCCCUACUCUUCCUGAACAUGGUCUUUCUGCUGGACGGCUGGUUGGCCAGUCUGGAGAAGCGCUGGCUGUGCUUGUCUGUGGCCGUCUUCCUGCACUACUUCCUGCUGACCUCCUUCACCUGGAUGGGCUUAGAGUCCGUCCACAUGUACAUCGCCCUGGUCAAGGUCUUCAACACCUACAUCCGGCGAUACAUCCUCAAGUUCUGCAUCGUCGGCUGGGGUCUCCCGGCGCUGGUGGUGGGGAUCGUCAUUGCGGUGGAUAAAAACUCUUACGGGCUGCAGGAGUACGGCAAAGGAGAGUCAGGAGACGGAUCCUCGGAGCUCUGUUGGAUCCAGAGUCCCGUUGUGUUCUACACCACGUGUGUGGGUUACUUCUGUUUGGUGUUUCUUCUGAACGUGGCCAUGUUCAUCGUGGUGAUGCUGCAGAUCUGCGGCCGCAACGGCAAACGCAGCAACCGCUCGCUGCGAGAGGAGGUUCUGCGGAACCUGCGGAGCGUCAUCAGCCUCUCCUUCCUGCUGGGCAUGACGUGGGGCUUUGCUCUGUUCGCCUGGGGACCCGUCAGCCUGGCCUUCAUGUACCUCUUCGCCAUCUUCAACUCGCUGCAGGGUCUGUUCAUCUUCAUCUUCCACUGCGCCCUGAAAGAGAACGUCCAGAAGCAGUGGAGGAGAUACCUGUGCUGCGGCCGGUUCAAGCUGUCGGACAACUCAGACUGGAGUAAGACAGCCACCAACAACACCAAGAAGGUGAGCUCAGAGAACCUGGGCAAGUCUCUGUCGUCCAGCUCGUUCGGCUCCAGCACCGCCAACUGGACGUCCAAAGCUAAAGCUACGCUCAACCCGUUCAGCAAGCGACACAGUACCACAGAUAAAUGCUAUUCCAACCAGACCAGCCCCAAGUGCGUCUCCUCGUCCUCCUCAGAGGUGGAGCCCAACUCCUCUUCCUCCUCCUCCUCCUCCUCCUCCAUCCUCCCCGUCAGCCAGAUGAUUGACAAGGUGAAAGGCUACUGCUCCGCCCGCUCCGACAACUUCUACAAGAACAUCAUCAUGUCCGACAGCUUCGCACACAGCACCAAGUUCUAGGACUGUCCUCCGUGUUCUGGGGGCGGAGCUCCUGGAACCUCCCCCCUGCACCUCGCUGCGGAGCAGAAACGUUUGUGACAUCAUCCUGCCGACAGCAUCAGUGACGGACUGUUAAAGUUUCCAGUUUGGAGGACGACUUCCACAACGUUAUUUAAGGUUUGCUGUGAAACCACCACCAUUGUUCUAGAGCCUUAAGUGUUCUGGAACAACCGGCAACAUUCUAGAACUCUCACAGAGGAGGUUUGUAAAACGUCCCACAAUCUGGAACCCUGCGUGUGAUGGAACCGCCUCUUAUUGGAGCCUCCGACAUCCUCUGACCCUCCGACAUUACCCCGACAAUUACUCUGACCAAUCAAGAACCAUCCUGGUCCCGUCGCAGCCUUGCACCAUCUUCUAGUUUGUGUUUCUGUCCCUUGUCUCGCUCCUGACGUCACUAUCGUUGGCGGACGCAGCCGUUGUCUCAGCCUCAGUCCUCAUUCAAAUUUGGGCCAAUAAGCAAAACUAAAUUCUGUGUGUUGCCGUCAGAACUCAUGAGGUGCUGCAGGUUGUGUCGGGCGACAAAGUGCUGACUGGGUAGAAAACAGCAGCUACACGACUCAACCAGCGUCCUGUCGUCAAGACAGUCUCCCUCUUUAUGAGAAGAGGUGGACCUGACGCAGCAAACCACAGCUGAAGUGUAAUCACAGACAAACAAUCAGGCUGUGAAUGUGUUGACGGGCUGCAGGGUGGUCAGAGAACCUCCAUGUGACUGAAUCCGAUUACCUAGAGGACGGGCCGAGCGGCUGCCAGACACUGAGGCUCAGAGGAAAUGAAAGGGAAAGGAGAAGAUCAACACGAGGUGGGAAACCAGGAAAAAGGAGUCGGCUGUUAUGUUUUGGUGUUUUUUUAAAUACUGUGAUGUGCAUGUGUGUGCGGAGCCAGAUCCUGUGUAAAUAUUGAUGUGUCUUACUUGUGCAUGUGUGCUGAUGGUUGCCCAAACAGUCUCCAGCUCCUCGUCUGUGUCCGCCGCCCUUUUCACCUUCGACGGCAAAGACGUGGACAGAAAUCCCACGACGGAGGAAUAUGAACAUGAAUCCUGUCCGUCACUCGGUCAAGGAGCCUUUUGUUGGAGCUCCCAAACAAACUCCCCGAUUAUUUUAAAUCCUGCGCUCAUGAAAAUCACUGUUAGUGUCAUGCUGACUUAUAUUUAUAAUUUGUUCUGAAGUGUCGUCUUCUCUUCCAUCUAUAUUCUGGCCCAGAUUUUACAAACCUCUGGAGACAGUUGUUCAGUGGUUUGACUGGUUUCCUCCUCUGGUUUGCACUUUGUCCCAUAAGAGCCUGGAGGUUUCUCCACUUAGUGAAUUGGACGCUCACACUGGGAUUCACUGGUCAGUCCAUGGUUCGGUGUUUUGAGGAUAAAGCGAGUUAAUACGAGUGGCCACUGAAACUCGUGUCGGCCAAAGUCUAGUAAUCAUAGCUGUCAUCAUAAGUGGCAACAGCUUCACUGUUCAACGGAGGAAAACUCGUCUGUGUUGAAAGAUUCAUUUUUUUAUCCAGUGAGUCAUAAUAAGCUUUGUUUUAUAGGAGUAGAAAUAAAUGUAGCUUGAAGAAAACUCUCCCUGUGCAGCUGAAAGGACGGUAAAGGGCUAAAGGGUCAGUUCAUGCUUAUUACACACAAAACUCAAAAGCCUCUCCAGGAACCACGUCCUGAUUCCCGCAGACGUUCUGCAGACGUCUCCGUGGACGUUUCACAAAUUGAGCUUCUCAGCCUGAAAAUAGUUCCCAGUGGAAUCUGUGGAAAGUCUGUGGAUUAUCUCGAGAAAUGUUUCACACGACGCUGCUGUUGAGUUUGUCAAAUGUCAUUUUAUGAAUUAUUUUAAAAUCAGCUGCACUCGUGUGGCGGCAGGUUUCUCAAGCAGCGCAGAUGCAAAGAUAAAUCCCCAGGAAGAAGAUUCAUUGUGAUUUAUGUGAACGUGUUCGUACAGUGAGGGCCAAAGCUACGAGUUAUUUGAUUUCAUUAUUUAUCCAAAAUCAUCCAGCUCCAUCUGUUGGAUAUCACGUUCAGUCAGACGUAUUUUCUGGAUGAACAGUUUCUCUCUCUGGUUGAGUUUCAGCCGACAGUCGUCUGAGGUGAGACCGGGCGGACGACCACUGCGGCGGUCUGAAUUCAGGCGUGAGGUUUAGACUCGGGCUCGUUUUGACUUUGACUCGUCGGCUGUUGGCUCGUCAGACCUCCACUGUUCACGGAGCCAACGGACUCAGCUCUGUUGUAGGUCGGGCUCGCGCUGCAUCGUUUCUCCUCCCUCUUCCCCAGAGUGGCAGAAGAAUGUGUUCGUCCUCAGAGACAAACGGAGACGGGGAUGGAGCACAUUUCCAGGUAUUCUGGGUUCAGCCUGAGGGUAAAAUAAACAGUUCCUGAAAACACAGCCGACGACUGCUAUUCACAACAGAGGAGCAAAUCCCGUCAAGAAGUUUUAACCCCGUCAACAUGUGAACACGACAUUUUUCAUAAGAUACAAGAGAAACCAUGAGCAAAAUAAUCAGUUCUGUCGUGGAAAUGAACCAAUGAGGAUUCAGUUUCACACCUGAGGAAUCACUCCCCUGAAUUUGGAGCAGAAUAAACCUGAAGUGAACUUUUCAUAGAGAGAGUUUGGAUCAGUACAACCACUGAAGCUGCCGGCUACAAGCUAACAAACAAGAUAACUAUUAAAAAAACUUCCCUUAGCUUUUACUAUUUGAUUCUGGGUCAGACUGACGCACAAACCCGUCCACGUGAAUCCCUCCGACGCUUCCUCAGCGCUAACCUUGUUGCUGUGCAGGGUUCUGUCACUGGUCCCCUAACACUGUAAACUGGUCAUUACAAGCAUUUGGGAUGUUUCUGGAAAAUCGACAGUGAAACGCAGCCUGAAGGAAAACAAGUUUGAUCACAGAGAGAAACUCAUUUAUUCCAGAAUGAAAAUCACUGCGAAUGUGUAUUUCUGGGAACGCGCACCAUGUAACAACACUGGAACAAAUCUGUACAAUCUAUAAUUAUAACUCUCCUGUUAUUUGUGGUUCUUGUUUCACCUGCAGCUGAACAGAAGCUCGUGUUUCUGCUCAUGGAAACACUCGUCGCCUUAAGUAAACUGGACUCUUCUGUUUUGGGUCAAAGCUGAGGAGCUGCACGAGUUGUUUCUAUAGUUUCUACUUCUACUCUCUACCCUCUGUUCCCUGCUCACGUGUUGCUCACGUGUUGCUCACGUGUUUCUCACGUGUUUCUCACGUGUUGCUCACGUGUUUCUCACGUGUUUCUCACGUGUACACUUCAUUUCUUUAUUUCUCCAGAACUCUGUAUUGAGCUGAUCAUUAUUGGACCAAAUGCAGAUGUUUCCAUGACGACUGUAACUGAUCUUGGCUUUCACUGUUGUUUGUAUUAUUAUUAUUAUUAUUGUUGUUGUUGUUGUUGUUGUGUUGUCGUUUUCCAGAAACUCACUAAAGCAUCUGAACAUUAAAGGGAAUUUAAAGAUG